AGAGCCACCCCAUUGUCUGAAUGCGGACGUUGCUUCAUGAGCUUUUGAAGCUGCUACUCUCGUUCCUCUCUCUGAAUAAAGAUUGUGCUUCACCCAGACUGCAAAUUCCUUCCUCUGUCCAAGAUCUGUUCAGCUCGGCUCGAAUUACCGAUAAGGGACAGAGAGAACCAAUCCAUCAUUCUAUGAAGCAGCACAGUCUAAUGGCCUGAGGAGCAGAGACAGCCUGCAGCUGCAAGAUGGACCAAAUGUUUCUGAUGCAAGAGUCCAUUACAAUCAUAAAUCUUCAUCACAUUCCAAAUACUGAAGACGUCUGGUCUGGUGCACUGGACAACAUCUCCUCAGCAUAGGUGGUGGAUAAUCUCAGAUCAUACCGGAUCGCAUCAAUACUUAGUGGCUUUCCCCAUCAUGGUGUGAGUAUUUGAAGAUGUGAAGACAAAAGUUUCAAAAUCAACAGAUGGAGGGCUUAAGGCCUGAAACAUCGACUCUCCUGCUCCUCGGAUGCUGCCUGACCUGCUGUGCUUUUCCAGCGCCGCACUUUUUGAUUCUAACUCUCCUGUGUCUGCAGUCCUCGCUUUGACGUCAAUGUCUGACAGUCACUCAUUCCAUCGGGACCCCAACAAUUUUUGACUGUGGUUGUGUGAGAAGGAGCAAAGCUUUUUGGUUCCUGUUUGAGUAAGUUUUCAGCAUCAGUGGGACUGGAUGAGAGAGCCUACUGUUGCAGUAUACAGAGUGUGGAGCCUGAAACAAUUAUAUACGGCCUGGAAAGAGGAACUGACGGCAGGGAGGGGCUGUACACGCAUUUGUGUGCGGCUGAAGUUUCAGCCAUGGAGAAGCCUGAGGAAUCCCACCCUCUGGAGAAACCGUGGAAGUGUGGCGACUGCGGGAAAGGCUUCUGCGCCCCAUCUGUCCUGGAGAUACAUUGGCGCAGUCACACCGGGGAGAGGCCAUUCCCCUGCCCUGAAUGCGGGAAGGGCUGUUACCAGGCCUCCGCCCUGCUGACCCACCGGCGGAUCCACACGGGGGAGAGGCCCUUCAGCUGCCCCGAGUGUGGGAAGGCCUUCCGCCAUUCCUCCUCCCUGCUGACACAUCAGCGGGUCCACACGGGGGAGAGGCCGUACACCUGCUCAGAGUGUGGGAAGGGGUUCAGUCAGGUGAACCACCUGCGAAAACAUGACCAACUCCACCCCGGGGAGAGGCCCUUCAGCUGCCCCGAGUGCGGGAAGGCCUUCCGCGAUUCCUCUGCCCUGCUGAGGCACCAGCGGGUCCACACCGGGGAGAGGCCCUUCAGCUGCCCCGAGUGCAGGAAGGCCUUCCGCGAUUCCUCUGCCCUGCUGAGGCACCAGCGGGUCCACUCCGGGGAGAGGCCCUUCAGCUGCCCCGAGUGCGGGAAGGCCUUCCGCGAUUCCUCUGCCCUGCUGAGGCACCAGCGGAUCCACACUGGGGAGAGGCCCUUCAGCUGCCCCAAGUGCGGGAAGGCCUUCUGCGAUUCCUCCUCCCUCCUGAGGCAUCGGCGGGUCCACACGGGGGAGAGGCCGUUCACCUGCUCAGAUUGUGGGAAGAGGUUCAGUCGGGUGAGCCACCUGCGAAAUCACGAGCAGCUCCAUCCCGGGGAGAGGCCCUUCAGCUGUCCCGAGUGCGGGAAGGUCUUCCGCGAUUCCUCUGCCCUGCUGAGGCACCAGCAGCUCCACAUGCGAGAGAGGCCCUUCAACUGCCCUGAGUGCGGAAAGGCCUUCCACCAUUCCUCUGCCCUGCUGAGGCACCAGCGGGUCCACACGGGGGAGAGGCCCUUCAGCUGCCCCGAGUGUGGGAAGGGCUGCACCCAGGCCUCGGACCUGCUGAAGCACCGGCUGGUCCACACGGGGGCAAAGCCCUUCAGCUGUCCCGAGUGCGGGAAGGCCUUUCGCCAUUCCUCUGCCCUGCUGAGGCACCAACGAGUCCACACAGGGGAGAGGCCCUUCAGCUGCCUCAAGUGCGGGAAGGCCUUCAGCGAUUCCUCCUCCCUGCUGAGGCACCAGCGGGUCCACACGAAGGAAAGGCCCUUCAGCUGCCCCAAGUGUGGGAAGGCCUUCAGCAAUUCCUCCUCCAUGCUGAUGCAUCAACGGGUCCACACGGGGGAGAGGCCCUUCACCUGCUCAGAGUGUGGGAAGGGGUUCAGCUUCCGUGCCCCGUCUGAUCUGGAGACUCAUUGGCGGAGUCACACCGGGGAGAGGCCAUUCUCCUGCACUGAGUGUGGGAAGGCCUUCAGCGAUUCCUCCGUCCUGCUGAGGCACAGGCGGGUCCACACAGGGGAAAGGCCGUUCAGCUGCCCCGAGUGCGGGAAGGCCUUCAGCAAUUCCACCGACCUGUUGACCCACCAGCGGGUCCAUACAGGGGAGAGGCCAUACAGCUGCCCUGAGUGCAAGAAGAACUUCAGCAAUUCCUCCACCCUGCUGACUCAUCGGCGGGUCCACUCUGGGGAGCGGCCCUUCAUCUGCCCCGAGUGCGGAAAGGGCUUUACUCAGGCCUCUGCCCUGCUGACCCACCAGCGGCUCCACACAGGGGAGAAACCGUUAACCUGCCCUGAGUGUGGGAAGGCCUUCAGCAAUUCCUCUGACAGGCUGAAGCACCAGCGGGUUCACACGGGGGAGAGGCCCUUCAGCUGCCCUGAGUGCAGGAAGGCAUUCAGCAAUUCCUCCAAUCUCCAGACCCACCAGAGGAUCCACACAGGGGAGAGGCCCUUCAGCUGCCCUGAGUGUGGGAAGGGCUUUACACAGGCCUCCAGCCUCCAGAUCCACUGGCGGAUCCACGUAGGGGAGAGGCCCUUCAGCUGCCCAGAGUGUGGGAAAGCCUUCAGCAAUUCCUCCAACCUGCUGGCCCACCAGCGAGUCCACACUGGGGAGAGGCCAUUCAACUGCACUCAAUGCGGGAAGGGCUUCACUCGCUCCUCCCACCUGCAGAGGCACCAGCGAGUUCAUGCCGCAUCGCAGGAGGAUUGAAGGAGCGAAGGCCGAGUGCCAUUAUUGACUGGACUAUCAACUCAGUUCUGGGAAGACUCUGGUUGGAAUCCCACCAUGGCAGAUUACUGAAUUGUAAUUCGGUCACAAAUCUGGAGUCCGAAUCAAACAAUGAAACCAUUUUUGGUGUUUGAGGUGGGAGAAAACCCUACCUGAUUCACUCCUGUCCUUUUGUGGAAAGGAAGCUACCGUUGUGGGAAAGGAUUUACUCAGCCAUCCCAGCUGUAUCCUUUACCUGGUCUGGCCUACACGUGAUUCCAGACGCACAACAGCGUGGUUGUCUCUACGCUGCUCCUCUUCCCUCCUGCUAAAUGAGGCAAUACUUCCUAUGAAUUAAGGAUGUACUAAGGAUCCAUAUACAAGGGGACAACUCUGUGCUGACCAAUAUUGAAGAAAGGUUUUGGGGGUGGGGGGUCGCUCUGGUUGUUGGUAAGGGGAGUGUGUGCGCUCAAUUUUCAGUUGUUUAAAAGAUAUCAACUAUUUUUUCUACGCCUUUUUCCUCGGUGGGGGGGAUGCUGUAACAACGUUGAGUCACAAUAAAGAUUACCUGAACUUA